ACAUGAGAUCUAUUCCUCGUACUAAAGGACAAGUGCAUGUAUUAUUUCCCUUAAGAAAAUAGAAAGCACAAGGGAAAGCGAAAGUGGCAUAGCUAGCGAAAGGUUUCACAAUGCGUUGGUCUUCCUUCUAUCACACUGCCUCGAGGCUUUUCCAUGAGUAUCCAUCAUGGUCCAAGUCUGUUAUUGUAUGCACUACCAUCAGUGGUGGAGGAUUAGUGGCAUAUUCCGAUGCCAAACCAGAACAUGGUGAAGAACCUAUUCAAAAAAAGAAGGUGGUGGUGCUUGGAACUGGUUGGGCUGGAACCAGUUUUUUGAAAAAUAUCAAAAGCAAUUCCUAUGAUAUUCAUGUGGUUUCACCUCGUAACUAUUUUGCAUUCACUCCAUUGCUACCAAGUGUCACGUGUGGCACAGUGGAAGCAAGGAGCAUCGUUGAACCCAUUCGCAGUAUCACCCGGAGGAGCGGUGUAAACAUUCAUUUCAGUGAAGCUGAAUGCUAUAAGAUUGAUCACAAGAACAACAAAGUCUUUUGCCGUUCUGGUAAAGACAGGAAGACAGGUGGCGAAGACGAGUUUUCCAUUGAUUAUGAUUACCUCGUAAUAGCUAUGGGAGGCCGUUCUAAUACCUUCAACACACCUGGUGUUUAUGAGCAUGCCCAUUUCUUGAAGGAAGUGGAUGAAGCUCUAAGAAUCCGUCAGACAGUGAUUGACCUCUUUGAAAGAGCUAGCCUUCCUUCUGUAUCAGUGGAAGACAAGAAAAAACUUCUGAGUUUUGUAGUUGUUGGUGGUGGUCCAACUGGGGUAGAGUUUUCUGCUGAGCUUCAUGACUUUGUACAUGAGGAUAUAGCUAAGUUAUAUCCUUCCCUUAAAGACUAUGUGAAGAUUACUCUCCUGGAGGCAGGCGAUCAUAUCCUAAACAUGUUUGACAAGCGAAUAACAGAAUUUGCUGAACAUAAGUUCGCCAGAGAUGGGAUUGAUGUGAAGUUGGGAUCUAUGGUUGUCAAAGUUAGUGAAAACGAAAUCACUGCCAAAGAAAGGUCAACUGGUCAAGUUGUUUCUAUACCUCACGGAAUGGUAGUUUGGUCAACUGGUAUUGGUGCUCGCCCAGAAAUAGUUGAAUUCAUGAAGCAGCUUGGCCAGACUAAUAGACGUGCCUUGGUCACUGAUGAAUGGCUAAGGGUGGAAGGAUGUGACAAUGUCUAUGCUCUAGGUGAUUGUGCCACUAUAAAUCAACGUAAAGUUAUGGAAGAUAUAGCCGUGAUAUUUAGCAAGGCUGACAAGAACGAUUCUGGGAAGUUAGAUCUUCAAGAAUUUAAAGAAGUUGUUAAUGACAUCAUUGAGAGGUACCCACAAGUGGAUAUUUAUUUAAAGAAGAACCAAAUGAAAGACAUGGCCAGCUUGCUAAAGAAACCUAAAGACAGUGCUAUUGUAGUGGACAUUGAAUACUUUAAACAAGCACUUUCCAAGGUAGACUCCCAGAUGAAAAAUCUUCCUGCAACAGCUCAGGUAGCUGCACAACAAGGAGUUUAUCUUUCAGACUGUUUCAACCGCAUGGAGUUGUGUGAGAAGUAUCCUGAAGGGCCUCUCAGGUUUAGGGGAGUUGGACGCCAUAGGUUUCGUCCCUUCCGGUACAAGCAUCUUGGACAAUUUGCUCCUCUAGGAGGAGAGCAAACUGCAGCUCAGCUUCCAGGAGAUUGGAUUUCAAUUGGUCAGAGCACCCAGUGGCUUUGGUAUUCUGUGUAUACAAGCAAACAAGUGUGCUGGAGGACAAGGGCUUUGGUGGUUGGUGACUGGUGUAGGCGAUACACAUUUGGCAGAGACUCAAGUCGAAUCUAAGAUUUCAUUCAAAGCUAAGGCCUACUUCAUACUGAUUUCUUGGCACAGCAGAGCAAAAGAUCCCAACCCCACCUCAGAGGGCAUACAAAAAAUAGAAAGAAAAAAAAGGGUGUUUAAUUUUAUGCAAAAAUUUUCUCCUUUUGUUCCUAUGUUAAGGUACAUUGAUAUUGAUUGUAUUGAUAAACAGCCUUGUGUUAAAUUGGUUUUAGUUGCCUAACCGAAAAAUAUCACAUUUAGUGGCUUGACUUCAUCUUGUGCAAUAAAUCCAUAUGGACUUUUCAGGAGCUUGUUUGCUGCUAGUUCAGUACAGACAACAAAGUUCUAAUUAAAAUCAAAAUAAUAAAUUUCUCAUUACAACUAUACUAAUCUCCAUUGUGUAUGAAAAUUCAUCGAGCCAACAAGUUACAGUACAGUUAGUA